GUCUUAAAGUAUCGGUUCCGGUUUUCGCACUCGACGUGGUUUGAAUGCGUCGAGAAGGCACGAUCCGACGACAAGGCACGGCUCGUAGAGCAAAACGAGAAACGAGAAGAGCAAAGCCCCAUCCAGUCGCGAGUAUUCAUGGACCGCUGCAUUGUAGAUGGUACAAAUAAUGGGGCAAGCGACGAAGGAGAGGAGAGGAGAACAGAAGACGAUUUCCAUGGGGAUUUAGUCUUAAUUGGUGGUUUGGGAGAGGAAAGGAGGAAUGGAGACAAAACUGUCCACCAUCCUCCUUCCACCUUCCUCCUACCUCCAGAGACGGAGUUGAUUGGGCCGACGGAGAUGUACGUGGAGAAGGAGAGCACCUUGAACCUGACGUGCAUCGUGAGGAAUACCCUCAACCCACCCGCGAACAUUCAGUGGUUCCACAAUCAAGAGGAAAUAAACUACGACUCGCCUCGGGGAGGAGUGAGCGUGGUGACGGAGAAGGGGUUAACGGGGACCCGGAGCUCCUUGAUCCUCCUCGAGGCCACUCCGAAGGAUUCUGGGAAUUUCUCCUGUCUUCCUGCUUGGGGGGAUCCUGCCUCCCUCUAUCUUCACGUCCUUCACGAUAAGAAGAAGCGGCCGGAAGUGAAUUUAUACCCCCCGAGGAGCCAUGUAGGAAUGAUAAGCCUGGUAGAACGGCGAAUCGCAGAUCCAGGCCUCCUCUCUGGAGACCUCUCAGCUCGUGUAAUGGAUGUGGAAACACCACCGGAAUCUUCCCGACACCACGCGUGCAAUGCGAUCCCCGAAAAUCUGGGUCAUUGCAUGGUCAUUUGGGCCUUCUCGAAACGUUGUCAGCAGUCGGCGGGAUGGCAGCACAACGGGUCGAGUGGAUCUUGGGUGAAACGAGCUUGUUUCUUCCCCUCCAUGGCCUUCCUCUUCAUCGUCUCUAUUUCCCCCUCGUGACUAUCGUCCUUAUAGGAGAAGGAGGGGAAACGAGCUGCAGAACUGGCGAAGGAAAUGGAAAGGGGAUUGAUGAGCCACAUUUGCUGCACGCCAGGAUACACAGCUCCAUACCUACGUAGAUUUCCCUCCCUUAUCUGGAUCCUCCCGACUCGACACGACUCGGACGACGACGAUGACUCCCCCAAGUUAUCCAUGAAAUCUGCAUUAUCGUUAUGGACGCGACUCGGUCGAUGGAUCGAUGUUGGGGUGUUCAUUAUUUCUUCCCUAUCUCCCUCGAUGAGGCUCUUCGCCGAGGAUCAUCGGGAUUAAUCGCUUCUCCCCGACCUUAGAGCAGAAGUCGUUUUUCUUCUAUAUUCACA